UUAAUGACUAAAAGAUGGAUUAUUUCUUAAAAAAUCCCAAAAAGAAUUGUAAUAUUAAUUGAAAAAGGAACUCAACUAUGAUGGGCCGUAACUAAGCCCACUUAGAAACCGAAGUUUUCUUGAGGAAGAAGCCGAUGCUUUUGUGCCUGAACUUGCGAACUCCAUCAGCGAUCUGAGCGACCGGAUUUGCUGACAAGAUUGAUCUUCCAUUUGUUGCUGUUUCUGAAUUUCGCUUUCAGGAUUUUUAUCUUGCCCUACCAGAUUAUCUAUUCAAACUGUCCUCUUUCCGUAACGGGAUAACAAAAAAUGUCCAGAAGAUAUGAUAGCCGAACAACAAUAUUCUCUCCAGAAGGCCGUCUUUACCAGGUUGAAUACGCAAUGGAGGCAAUUGGAAAUGCAGGUUCUGCAAUUGGGAUAUUAUCUAAAGAUGGAGUUGUUUUGGUAGGUGAAAAAAAGGUAACUUCCAAACUCCUACAGACCUCAACUUCCACAGAGAAGAUGUACAAACUUGAUGAUCAUGUUGCAUGUGCUGUGGCUGGAAUAAUGUCUGAUGCAAACAUUUUAAUCAACACUGCAAGAGUUCAAGCCAUGCGAUACACUUACGCUUACCAAGAGCCAAUGCCUGUCGAGCAACUAGUUCAAUCCCUUUGUGAUACAAAGCAAGGCUACACUCAGUUUGGCGGUCUACGUCCCUUCGGUGUUUCAUUUCUGUUUGCAGGAUGGGACAAAAAUUACGGCUUUCAGUUAUACAUGAGUGACCCAAGUGGAAACUAUGGUGGUUGGAAGGCUGCUGCAAUUGGUGCAAACAACCAGGCAGCACAGUCAAUGCUCAAACAAGAUUACAAGGAUGACAUCAGUAGGGAAGAGGCCAUCCAGCUUGCACUUAAGGUGCUUAGCAAAACCAUGGACAGCACAAGUCUUACUUCAGAAAAACUUGAAUUAGCUGAGGUUUUUCUUUCACCUUCUGGCAGUGUCAAGUAUCAAGUGUGCUCACCUGAGUCAGUAAGCAAGUUAUUGGUGAAGUCCGGUUUGACUCAACCAGCAGCUGAAGCUUCCUAAACACCUCUUAGUUGUUGGAUUACUUCGCCGUGCUAGGUCUGGCAUAUUUCAUGAACUUCAGUUGACUCGAAGUGAACACUGGUGUUGGGAUAUGUUGUUAGAUUGUUGAGCUUAUCUUUAAUUUGCACUUUAUAAAGUUCCUAUGUAACCAUGUUAAUGGUCAUUAUCUUUACAUUGAAAUUAUUUACCGCUUCUUGUUUAAUGAACAUUGAAAUUUGAAAUCAGGUAAGUUCUGGACUUGCACUAUAGUUUCCUUUUCAUUCUCAAA